CAGUGACACGUCACUAAUAUGAGGCAGAUCAUUUUUCAGCCAGUCAAAACACACCAUUGCUCCACUCGCUGUGGAGCGGAGUGUACGACGUCGCUCUCUCGAUCGCUCGGUGUUCUGCGGCAGUCUGCGAUGGGUCGUGGCUCUGCUCGUCGUGGAGGAGGCGGACGACGUGGUGGACGCGGUGGACGAGGGAGAGGACGAGGCGGAAGUCAUGACGGUCCAGAUUUCCGCGCCGCCGGCUACAACGAUGGCGUCCCAUGCAGUGUGGAUGAGUCUGUGGUCGGUAUCCGGCGCUUCUUGAUGCCAGGAGUGGGUGGAUUCCAUGGCACCACCAAGCAGCGUUAUUCCGACUUUGUAGUACGCGAGGUGGCGCUGGAUGGACACGUGGUGACGCUGUCGGACGUCAAGCGGCUCGCUCCGGCCGCGAAGUCGCAGAAAAUCAGUGAAGUUUUCAAGCACAAAGUGUUCGCUUUACUGAACGAUGCAGCCAAUGAGAAAAUGGACAUCCCAGCACCAGUAAACACUCUGGUUGGCAAACUAUCGGGUAGACUGUUGGGCAUGUUUAACGCCAAUAAGAGAGCGAGACUACUGAAGGAGGAGAAGGAGAACGUGGAGAAGCUUAAAGUGGCGGUCACUGGAGUGUGUGGAGCAGUAACAGCUGAGAAAUUGGAGCAAUUUAUGCUGAAAUUGGUGGAUACACAAGUGAAGGAGGAGGAAGCCAAGAGACUAGCGAACAACAUUAACAAGAACAAGAGCAAAGCCGAGAAGAAAGAGGAGAAGAUCUCGACUGAUGAGGUGAAUAAUGAGACGGAGACGACAUUCUUCUUCCCGCCCAUUGAAGCCAAGGAGACGCGUGCAGCGGUGCAUGAGCUGGUGCGCAAGUUUGGCAGUGGCAUUGUUGUCUCAGACACGACGACUAACAGUGACGAUGUGUCGGUGAUUCGAGUUCGUCGUGUGAUGGUUGGCGGUAAGAAGCGGAAGGAUAUCGACCAACGUGGAGGAAACAAUGGCCGCAUGUCAUGGCCGAAGAACCGUCCUGAUUACUUGCAGUUUGUGCUCUACAAACGCAACAUGGAGACGAACAGCGUCAUGAUGCAGCUCGCUAAGGCCAUGAACGCGAAUGUUUCAGCUUUCACAUAUGCCGGUACGAAGGACAAGCGCGGUAUCACGACACAGCUCUGCACAGUCUAUCGCGGCUCAAAGGAGCGACUGGAGACGCUGAACCGUGCUGGUCGUGACCUCGACUCGUUCAACUUCCUCGUGGGCAGCGCUAAGUUCGUCUCUGAGCGUCUGAACCUCGGUGAUCUACGUGGCAAUCGCUUCUCGUUGGCUAUUCGCGAUCUUCCUGAUGACGAGACCAUCUCGGACGAGCAGAUCCACGCCGCAGUACGCAGUUGGAGUGAACGCGGCUUCAUAAAUUACUUCGGUCUGCAGCGAUUCGGUACCAAGGCCAUCGCUACGCACGAGAUCGGACGGGCUAUCUUACAGCGAGACCACAAACGAGUGGUAGACUUGUUGCUGUCUCCGCAACAAGGUGACGCGACCAAGAUCCGCGAGGCUCGUCAAGCUUUCCAAGACAACCAGGACGUCAGUGCAGCGCUCAAGGCGCUGCCUUCUUAUCUGAUCGCUGAGCGUGCUGUGCUACAAGGACUUGGCGCACACGGGUUGACGGCGUACGCCACUGCGAUCCAGAGUAUCCCGCGCCAUCUCCGUAUGAUGUACACGCACUCGUACCAGAGUUACGUGUGGAAUACCGUGGCUAGCGAGCGCUUGACGCAGUACGCGCCUAUGGUCGGAGAUCUGGUCAUUCCUCACGAUAAAAUGACGGAGGAGUCUGUUGAUGAGAGCGAGGAAGCCGACGAUGCUGAUCCUGUGAACAAGAAACCAAGGACGUCGGCGGAAGCUUCACGCUCUGAAGCAAAUGUUACCGUAGUUACGGGCGAGAACGUGAGCCAGUACAGCAUCUACGACGUGGUGCUUCCUUUGCCUGGUUACAGUGUCAAGUAUCCGGAGAACGCAUUGAAGCAGCGGUACGAGGAGAUCAUGAAGGCGGACGGUGUGGACUUCCAAGCUCUGGAGCGUGCAACCAACUCGGAAUACCAUCUACCAGGCUCCUAUCGUCAUGUGCUGAGGAAGCCUAUCAAUGUGGAGCAUGAACUCAAGAGGUAUAAUGACCCCACGGUGCCGCUCCUCGAAACGGACGUUGACCGUCUCGAAGGCCGCUCCGCCCAGCCCUCCAUCCCUGACGGCAAGUGUCGUGCUCUGUGCCUUGAGUUCCAGUUGGGUCCUUCCUCGUACGCGACCAUGGCGGUUCGUGAACUACUCAAGCAGAGCAGCAACCUUGACGUGCAGCUGCAGUUGCAGCAGAAACUCGAUGCUAAGAAGAGCACAUAAGCAAAAGAGCGCUCACACUUGCUAGAUAGAUUUCCAAUAGAUGAAAGAAAAUACGAAUGCAUCACCGUGCAGUGCGACUACUUAGAUGCCAUCCUCCCACUCGCGUCGUUCGAUCUUGCUCACAAACCGGUUGCCGCCACUGCAUGUCGACAAAGAUACACGUUAGUAAGAGGCAACAGGGUUCAGCAGAAGGGCUAGCUCGUACAUGUCUUCUCUCAAAAUGCGCCAGUAGAAUUCAGGGCGGGUUCCCUCCAUAGCUUGUGUACGACUGAGCAUCUGCACGAAUUCUUCGUCGUGCGUAAUGCAGACAAGCUGGAAGUUUUGCUGCUGCGAGCGCGCGUUCAGAAUGCUACAUCGACAAACGACAACAAGAUACGUUAGAAAACAACAAAGCCUAGAUCGCUAGGGUAUGACCGAAC